AACUAUAUAAAUAGCUGGUUUCUGGAGGGUUCUUCCUUGAACCUUAGCAGGGAAAGGACUUGGGAGAGGGUGGGGGAUGCUUCUAUUUUUUAUUUUUUUAUUUUCUGCUUUCCAAAUUCGAUCGAUCCUUGCCUUCACGGAAAUCAAUGCUAAGGUUCCGUGUUUUUGUUCAUACACAAUUAUAACUUAGGCAUAUACCUAAGAUUUUUCGGCCUCUUUCUUUCUUUUUUCUUCUUUGAGAUACAGCCUUUUGGUUUUGUUUGGUUUCGUCAAUUUGUCGACAAGAAAGAAUCGUGGGGUGGUCUCGGUUUUAGGUUGGUGGUGCUUGUGUGUGGUUUUAAGGUUGUUCUGUUUGUGGGAUUCUUAAGCGUUUUGUUUUUGUUGCGUUUUCUCAACAAUGGCAAACGGAGGAGAAGAGAAAUGGAAAAGCAAUGACUUAUAUCAAGUCUUGGGGUUGAAUAAGGAAUGCACUGAUACAGAGCUCAGGAGUGCUUAUAAGAAACUUGCACUGAGAUGGCAUCCAGAUCGAUGUUCAGCUUCAGGAAAUUCUAAGUUCGUUGAAGAAGCCAAAAAGAAGUUUCAGGCAAUUCAACAGGCCUACUCUGUUCUUUCUGACACCAACAAGAGGUUUCUUUACGACGUAGGUGUUUAUGACAGUGAUGACGACGAAAAUGGUUGUGUGCAGGGAAUGGGUGAUUUUCUGAAUGAAAUGGCUGUCAUGAUGAGCCACACGAAGCCUAGUGAAAACGUGGAGGAGAGCCUAGAGGAACUGCAAGAAUUAUUUGACGAGAUGUUCCAAGAGGAUCUGCAUUCGUUUGGGAUUGACAGUCAGGCUGCUCCUUCAUGUCCUCCUUCUUAUGUAUCCUACAGCGAAAGUUCCAACUCAAAUAACAAACGUGUUUCUGCUGAUAUGAACUUGGGGAAGACUAAAGUGGAUGAUUCUUCUAGCUUCAAGUCUCACUUUGAGAAAUUCUGUAUAGGGACAGGUGGAACAGCAGCAACCUUUCAAGAAGGUGAAGGAGGGAGUAAGAGGAGGAAUUCAAGGAGGAGCCAGCGGCAGACGAAGGCAAGACAAGAAACAAAGAGUUUCUUCGGGUUAUGAUGUCUCCUCCCAUGGCUACGGUAUAUCUGCUUCAUGAAUCAUGCUGCAGUCAAAUGGUUGAUGCUCUCCAACCUUCAAGAUUCUGGUCAACUCACGCCUGUUGACUUGGCUGUCUCAGAGAUGAAGGUGCAUUUACCAGACAAAUCGAACUAAUUGGGAAAGAUUUAUUCACCUCGAAGGGUUUAGUAGAAGCAAACGACAUCAUUGUCGCUGGCGAUUAAACCAAACACGAAUUAAUUAGUUUGGUUUUUGGAGAAUGGCAACGGUCAUAAUGAAACUGUCUGUGAUCAUGUUGUCUUGCUAUAGGCUUGGUGGCAAUGUGCCUCUGUUUUCAGUUGUUUUCAGUUUUAUUGCUCCUCCUUCAUUUUGAUGUGUCCAUACCUUUGAUUACCAAGUAAUUAAAUUCUUAUGUUGGUCCUAACACAA